AGGUGCAAACCUAGCAACAAUGGACAAUCAUUUUGCCAAAUGCUUAUUUGCUGUGUGACUGUGUUCCUAUUAAAUUAAAUUAAACAAAACCAAUACAAACUAGCUAAACAACUGAUUAAGUAUUGCUACUAUAGUUUAAUUAAACGGUUAAUUAAGAGGUUAAAGUCGUAUUAAUACGGGGAACAACUAUGACACUGUAGACACCAGAGAUGGGCUAGUUGUGAUGAUUAUUAGUCACAUUUGACUUUCGCAAUAAUAAAGUGGACCAAAGACUGUUAUUAUUUUUUCUAAUGAAAGACCAUUAAAGGCCAUGUAUCUGCAGAAAAAAUAUUGCCAGUAUCUUCAUGCUACAUAAAUACCACAGGGCUGCGCUGCAAUACUUUUUUUGGAGCCCAAUCUGACAUGUGUUCUUUAAUCUGAGAACCAUGUCCAUGCAUGUUUUACUGAGUUAGGGUUUCACUCAGCGUGAAGUAGUUGUUUGCAGUUUAAGUGAAUUUACAAGAUUUCUGUAGUUUUGUUAAAUCCUGAUUUGGUUUACGCAGCCUAAACAAAAUGACACACUGGUAGUGACUAAACAAUUAUAAAUGAUAGAUCGAUUUAAACUCAGUAGGCUAUGUUCUGGAAGGGUCCCCUGUAUAGGCCUAUUUAUUUUAAUUAUUGGGGUAGAAUACUUUAAAACCAUCAACUUCGAAAAAAAGACAUAGGGCCUACAAUUCUCUGAUUCUAAUGAGCUGCAGCUGCCUGCCUUUGUUGAGGGAACAUUGGAGCAGGGAUUAUAAUCGGAGGAUUACGCGCUACCGUGAAACUGUUAUCCUCCAUACAGGCACAGGUAAUCCAAUCACUGGUAACCUUCCAGCACAGCUCCGACAACUCAUUUCCUCUCGAAUCGCCGCGGAGUGAGGGUAGAAGACGGCACUAUGAGGCCCCAGAGAAGAGCCAGGUGACAGCAUGCCGUUCAUUAUAAGGGGAAGACCCCUGAGGGGGGCACAGUAUGCCAACAACAGAAGGACCACUCCCUCUACUGAUGCCUCGGCGCUCUGGUCAGAAAGCCACACCCGUCUGCACCAGCUCCAUCCACCAGAGCCCCUGCAGGCCCCACCCAGCACUGGCCAGCCCGUCGGCUCCUCUUAUGGCCUCCUCGGGGCCAACAGUGGCAUUCAGGGCCCCGGUGGCACUGGUUCCGGUGUCAGCCCAGUCCUCGCUUGGCAUGCCGCCAUUAGCGCUGCUCGGCAAGCACAGGGCGAUGAUGCAAAGCCCGACAUGAAUUCACGGCCCUCAGUUUGCACCACUGGACCACCUCCUGUGGGCUCACUGGCGCAGAGGAAGAGGCAGCAGUAUGCCAAAAGCAAAAAGCAGGGAGGAUCUUCCAACAGCAGACCACCCAGAGCUCUGUUCUGCCUCAGCCUCAACAACCCGAUCCGCAGGGCGUGCAUCAGCCUGGUGGAGUGGAAACCAUUUGAUAUCUUUAUACUGCUGUCUAUUUUUGCCAACUGUGUGGCCUUAGCCAUCUACAUCCCCUUCCCCGGAGAUGACUCCAACUCUACCAACCAAGAACUGGAAACAGUAGAAUAUGCCUUCCUGAUCAUUUUCACUAUAGAGACAUUUCUGAAGAUUAUUGCCUAUGGCUUGGUCAUGCACCAAAACUCCUAUGUCAGAAACGGCUGGAACAUGCUGGACUUUGUCAUCGUCAUAGUGGGGUUGUUCAGUGUGGUUCUGGAGAUGAUAACCAAAGACGCUGACUCUGGCGGCCAGUCUGGAGGCAAACCUGGGGGGUUUGAUGUCAAGGCCCUCCGAGCCUUUCGCGUGCUACGACCCCUUCGCCUUGUCUCAGGAGUUCCCAGUUUACAGGUGGUUUUAAACUCCAUUAUUAAAGCCAUGGUUCCCCUGCUUCACAUCGCUUUGCUGGUCCUCUUCGUCAUUAUCAUCUACGCCAUCAUCGGCUUGGAGCUCUUCAUUGGCAAAAUGCAUGCCACGUGCUACGUGAUACAAACAGGUGCCCUCAUGGAAGAAGAGUCCACGCCGUGUGCAGUGUCAGGGCACGGCCGUCAUUGCCUGCUCAAUGGUACAGUUUGCAGAGAGGGCUGGCAAGGCCCCAACAACGGCAUCACCAACUUUGACAAUUUUUUGUUUGCCAUGCUCACUGUGUUCCAGUGCAUCACCAUGGAGGGCUGGACAGAUGUUCUCUACUGGAUGAAUGAUGCAAUGGGCUUUGAGCUGCCGUGGGUCUACUUUGUCAGUCUUGUCAUUUUUGGAUCCUUCUUUGUUCUCAACUUGGUUUUGGGUGUGUUGAGCGGAGAGUUUUCCAAAGAGCGAGAGAAGGCCAAGGCUCGGGGAGAUUUCCAGAAGCUACGUGAGAAGCAGCAGUUAGAGGAAGACCUGAAGGGCUACCUAGACUGGAUCACCCAGGCCGAGGACAUCGACCCAGAGAACGAGGAGGAGGGCGAUGCAGAGGGCAAGCGGAACCGGGUCACGCUGGCUGACCUCACUGAGAAGAAGAAAGGAAAGUUUGGCUGGUUCACUCAGUCCACAGAGACACAUGCGAGCAUGCCCGCUAGUGAGACAGAGUCGGUGAACACAGAGAAUCACACUGGAGUGGAGGACAAAUCACCCUGCUGUGGACCGCUGUGUCAAAAAAUUACUAAGUCAAAGUGCAGUCGUCAGUGGCGACGGUGGAACCGUUUCUGCCGCAGGAAGUGUCGUGCAGCCGUGAAAUCGGUGACGUUUUAUUGGCUGGUCAUCAUCUUGGUGUUCCUCAACACUCUCACCAUCGCUUCUGAGCACUACAACCAGCCAGACUGGCUGACUGAAGUACAGGAUGUAGCCAACAAAGUUCUCCUGGCAAUGUUCACCUUGGAGAUGCUAGUGAAGAUGUACAGUUUGGGCCUGCAGGCCUACUUUGUGUCCCUAUUUAACCGCUUUGACUGUUUCGUGGUGUGUGGAGGCAUCAUAGAGACCAUCCUGGUGGAGCUGGCCAUCAUGUCUCCGCUGGGUAUCUCCGUUUUUCGCUGCGUACGACUCCUUAGAAUCUUCAAGGUUACACGUCAUUGGGCAUCUCUUAGUAACCUGGUGGCCUCUCUGCUCAACUCCAUGAAGUCCAUCGCCUCCUUGUUGCUGCUGCUCUUCCUCUUCAUCAUCAUUUUCUCCCUGCUUGGCAUGCAGCUUUUUGGGGGAAAGUUCAACUUUGACGAGACUGUGACCAAAAGGAGCACGUUUGAUAACUUCCCCCAGGCCCUGCUCACUGUGUUCCAGAUCUUGACAGGAGAAGACUGGAAUACGGUGAUGUAUGACGGUAUCAUGGCGUACGGUGGUCCGGCCUCCUCUGGAAUGGUGGUCUGCAUUUAUUUCAUCAUCCUCUUCAUCUGUGGAAACUACAUACUGCUAAACGUCUUCUUGGCCAUUGCUGUUGACAACCUGGCAGACGCAGAGAGCCUCAACACAGCACAGAAGGAGGAAGAAGAGGCCAGGAAGAGGAAGAAUAGUGCCAAGAAUGCAAGCACAGAUAAGAAGAGAGUUGAAAUAAUAGAAGGCAAGGAUGGAGAGAACACGGUGCCAGCAGAGGUCUUGCUGGAGGAAGACAAAGAGUCGUAUCCUACCAUCGACUCUCCAGUGUGUGACGAUGACGACAAUAAUGACGGCCUCCCAGAAGUCCCGUCAGGGCUCCGCUCUCAGAGGCUGUCUGAACUCAGCAUCAAAGAGAAGACUCCGCCCAUCCCGGUGGGCAGCGCCUUCUUCAUCUUCAGCAGCACUAACCCGUUUCGCGUAUUCUGCCAUAAGCUGAUCAACCAUCAGAUCUUCACCAACCUCAUCCUGGUUUUCAUCAUGCUCAGCUCUGUCUCUCUUGCUGCUGAGGACCCAAUACGCAACUUCUCUGCUCGCAAUAUUAUACUUGGUUAUUUUGACUAUGCUUUCACCGCAAUCUUUACUGUUGAGAUCCUGUUGAAGAUGACAGCGUUUGGAGCAUUCCUUCAUAAAGGGGCGUUCUGUAGGAACUACUUCAACCUUUUAGACCUGCUGGUCGUUGGUGUGUCUCUGGUCUCCUUCGGCAUUCAGUCCUCUGCAAUCUCAGUGGUGAAGAUUCUCCGUGUUUUGAGAGUCCUCCGUCCACUCAGGGCCAUCAACAGAGCCAAGGGACUAAAGCACGUGGUCCAGUGUGUGUUUGUGGCCAUCAGGACCAUCGGUAACAUCAUGAUUGUUACCACGCUGCUGCAAUUCAUGUUCGCUUGUAUCGGAGUGCAGCUUUUCAAGGGAAAGUUUUAUCGCUGCACCGAUGAUGCAAAGUCCAGCCCAGAGGAGUGCAAAGGUACCUACAUUCUCUAUCACAAUGGGGACGCAGCGCUGCCCAUGGUGAAAGAGAGGAUCUGGUACAACAGUGACUUCAACUUUGACAAUGUCCUCAUGGCCAUGAUGGCUCUUUUUACUGUCUCCACCUUCGAAGGAUGGCCCACUCUGCUGUACAAGGCCAUUGACUCCAACAGAGAGAACAUGGGUCCCAUCUACAACUACCGCAUCGAGAUCUCCAUCUUCUUCAUCAUCUACAUCAUCAUCAUCGCCUUCUUCAUGAUGAACAUCUUUGUCGGUUUCGUUAUUGUCACCUUUCAGGAGCAGGGAGAGAAGGAGUACAAGAACUGCGAGCUGGACAAGAACCAGCGUCAGUGUGUGGAAUAUGCUCUUAAAGCUCGUCCUCUGAGGCGCUACAUCCCCAAAAAUCCCUACCAGUACAAGUUCUGGUAUGUGGUCAACUCUACUGGCUUUGAGUACGUCAUGUUUGUCCUAAUCAUCCUCAACACCCUGUGUCUGGCCAUUCAGCACCAUGGUCAGUCUCAUCUGUUUAACUAUGCCAUGGACAUCCUCAACAUGGUCUUCACUGGGGUUUUCACUGUGGAGAUGAUCCUCAAGCUCAUCGCCUUCAAACCCAGAGGCUAUGUCGGGGACGCCUGGAAUGUCUUCGAUGCUCUGGUGGUGAUUGGCAGUGUAGUCGACAUCAUACUCAGCCAGAACUAUUUUGCUGAUGCAUGGAACACGUUUGAUGCCUUAAUUGUUGUGGGUAGCGUGGUUGACAUUGCCAUCACUGAGAUCAAUUCGGCAGCCAUUCCUGUCGUCAAGGUGAUAGUGGAGCCAGGGAACACGGAGGACAGUGCUCGCAUCUCAAUCACCUUCUUCCGCCUGUUCAGAGUGAUGCGAUUAGUCAAACUGCUGAGCAGGGGGGAGGGCAUCAGGACUCUGCUGUGGACCUUCAUCAAGUCCUUUCAGGCUCUUCCCUAUGUUGCACUCCUAAUAGCCAUGCUGUUCUUCAUCUAUGCUGUAAUUGGAAUGCAGGUGUUUGGAAAAAUAGCCAUGGUGGAUGGAACACAAAUCAACCGCAACAACAACUUUCAAACCUUUCCUCAAGCUGUCCUGAUGCUCUUCAGGUGUGCCACAGGUGAGGCCUGGCAGGAGAUCAUGCUGGCCUGUCUACCAGGGAAGCUGUGUGAUUCAGAGUCGGACUACAACCCCGGAGAGGAGAGAACCUGCGGCAGCGGCUUCGCCAUUAUCUACUUCAUUAGCUUCUACAUGCUCUGUGCUUUCCUGAUCAUCAACCUAUUUGUAGCUGUCAUCAUGGAUAACUUUGACUAUCUGACUCGUGAUUGGUCUAUUCUUGGGCCACAUCACCUGGAUGAGUUUAAAAGGAUCUGGUCCGAAUAUGACCCUGAAGCCAAGGGCAGGAUAAAGCACCUUGAUGUGGUGACUCUGCUGAGGAGGAUCCAGCCUCCGCUGGGCUUCGGCAAGCUCUGCCCUCACAGAGUGGCCUGUAAGCGUCUGGUGGCGAUGAACAUGCCCCUGAACAGUGAUGGGACUGUCAUGUUUAAUGCCACCUUGUUUGCUCUGGUCCGCACUGCUCUCAAGAUUAAGACUGAGGGUAACCUGGAGCAAGCGAAUGAGGAGCUUCGAGCUGUGAUCAAGAAGAUCUGGAAGAGGACCAGCAUGAAGCUGCUGGACCAAGUGGUGCCUGCUGCAGGCGAUGACGAGGUAACAGUGGGGAAGUUCUAUGCCACCUUCCUGAUACAGGACUACUUCAGGAAGUUCAAGAGGCGCAAAGAGCAAGGUCUUGUAGGAAGGCGCUCAUGGGAGAGGCUCAACACCACCAUGGCUCUACAGGCCGGUCUGCGCACGCUGCAUGACAUUGGACCAGAGAUUCGUCGAGCCAUAUCAUGUGACCUGCAACAGGAGGGGCUAGUAGAUGCUAAUGCAGAGGAAGAAGAGGAAAUCUACAGGCGUAAUGGCAGUCUUUUUGGGAACCAUGUCAACCAUGCCAGUGCGGAUCAGCAAGGCUACUCCCACCCGACCACUGUCACCCAACGACCGUUACAGAUCCUGCCCUUCUCCUGCAGUGCCUCAGUUGAACCCACCAAAAGAGGAAGAAGAGCCAGCAACGACGACAGAGGAGGGGAGACAGACAUGAACUCUUCACCUAUCCAGUAUAAUCAUCAUUAUCACACCCCUCAUCCGUCUAAUUAUCCUCACUGUAUUUCCACUUGCCAUCAAUCGCCAAUACCCUCCAAUGCCAACCUCAACAAUGCCAAUGUGCCCUCACUUCUCUCCAUGACCAAUGGGAGGCAGCAGAAGUGUUUGUUAAGGCGAGACUGUCCAUCCUCCACCAAAAAUGGAUCAUCAGUGUCCACUUGCAGCAAAGGAGUACACGACAAGCCUUGGAAGUCACACUCCACAGGGACACGCUACUAUGAAGCCUACAUUAGGUCAGAAAGCGGCGGUGGACUCUAUCCCACCAUUCGCCGAGAGGAGCCAGGGGGCGGGGACAGCGAUGACGAGCGAGGCUCAGGGGAGUACUACAGUGGGGAGGAUUUUUACGAGGAUGACAUCAUGCUCACAAGGGACAGGUUGUCCAACAAGGACAACCAUGAUGCAGAAGGAGACUCUGACCUUGAGGUUUCCAGGGGCGACCACCAGCCUGGUUAUUAUGACGAUGACCAACAGCCGAUCUACCAAGAUGGCAGGCGAUCACCCAGGAGAUGGUUUUUACCCUCACCUCAAGCCUCCAGCAGACCAACAUUCAGUUUUGAGUGUCUUCGCAAAAGAAGUAGUCAGGAUGAGGCUCCUCCCUCUCCAUCCUGCACAGCUCUUCCACUACACCUGAUGCAGCAACAGACCUGUGAACUCCAACCUCAGGUAAUGGCGGUGGCCGGUCUUGAUGCCAGCGGAAUUCACCACCUGUCUCCUGCACGGUCGCAAUGCUCCUGGGCCACGCCUCCUGCCUCACCCAUCAGCCGUGACUGCUCGCCCUGCUACACACCACUCAUACAGGUGGACUGGCGCAGUUCCGGCAGCGUGGGCAGCAUCCCCGCAGUGGUGAAGAGGAGUUUGUGGUAUACAGACAGCCAGGAAGGUCCUCCCAGCCGCAGCCUCUCUCCGUCACGUCUGCAGUUACCUGCAGAGAGCUGCUCACACUUCCUGCAGAAGAGAGGCAGUGCCAACAGUCUGGUGGAGGCUGUGUUGAUCUCCGAGGGUCUGGGGAAAUAUGCCAGGGACCCCAAGUUUGUGUCAGUGACCAAACACGAAAUUGCAGACGCCUGCGAGAUGACCAUCGAUGAGAUGGACAGUGCUGCUAGUAACCUCCUGAACGGGAGUAUGGAUAAAGGCAACACUGGGGGGACAGGGAACGUCAGUUCGGACCCACAUGCCACCGCGCAUCUUAGAGACCACAGUAUCGGUGACUACAGCGACGAGGAGCCGUACGUGGCUGUGAAAUGCGAGGAGGACCUAACAGACGAGAUGAUAUGCAUCACAUCGCUAUAGCAGCGGCUCACACUGGAUUAUUUAGGUUUUUUCAAUUGAAUUUUGACUACUAUUCCACAGUGAGGGGAUGUCUCUGUUCAAGUGCAUCCUGCUAUACGAAAAUGUAAAACAUGGAUGGAUAAGAGAACAAAGUGCCUUGUUUUCUCUUUCUGUGGAGUGGAGAAUGGAAACAUAGGAGAGGUUAGAGAAAUGGAGGAAUUCAUGAAAGAGCUGAGAAUACAUUCAGCAAAUAUAGAAACCAGAGAGAAUCAAUCUACCUGCCGGCCCACCUGUCAUUUAGCAGGAAUUCAGGAUACUCCCUGGAGGUUAUUUUCCAUUUUCUUUAUUAAAGUGGUUUGAUACAGCAGAAUAACCUGGCAGCCUCACAAAGCUGGCCCAAAGCUCAUAAGUUAGUUUUUCCAACAACAUCCAGUGAGGAGUCCAGCAGCUGAAAGCCAGACAGUUAUGUAAUGACGAUGUAAUAACAUUUACGUUAGGUGUGCAGUCUGUAAGUCUUUAAGUACUUGGUUAUUCAUAUUUUAUAUUGUUUUGGCUCUGUACUGCAGCACAUUGGAUUUGAAAUGAAACAACAACUUUGAUGGCUUUAAUUUGAGGGUGUUUGCAUCCAUGUUGGGUGAACAAUGUUGGGAUUGUGGGCCCGUCAUUGUUCUGCUGCACUAAAAUAGCCCUGCACUUUGAGCCCUGCACUGCUCACUCAAUAUGAAGAGUCAAUCAAAAAUGUGUCACCGUUCUAAACACUUACAGACUGCACUGAAUGAAAUUCUUGCAUCAGAUUUAUUCAGAAACGGAUUUUACUGAACGAAUUUAACAGACCAGUGAGUGGUGUUGGGGUCACAUUGAUGUCUCAAAGAGUGAAAGUGGCUUUGCAAAGCUGCAUUUGUCCUGCUGCAAAAUGUCUUUGGCUAUCCAGUGAGUCCAAGAUUCCCUAUAUUCAGCUGCAUUUAAUUUCAUGUAUAUAUGUGUGAUUUUAACCUUUAGUGGUCAGAUACAGUUUUGAUCUGCCACUGGUUAUUUACAUUACAUUUCUGGCCUCCAUGACUCAAAUAAUACAAAAAAACGUUAUAUAUAAUAUUUUUUUGUUAAUGUAUUUCUCAGUACAGAGUGACGAUCAGGCUGAUCCAAGGCCAUCACAGUCGGUAGGUAUGAAUCUGGGAGCUGCUCGGGGUUCACAGUACAGGGUUUCAGGGUUAAAUGUUACUUGUGUACGUGACUCAGUACUUGACUUGAAAAGGAAAUGACAUAUCAAUGAAAAAAGACUUCAGACGUCCUCAGGCAUAUCCUUCUGUUUCUCGUGCACUCUGAUAUGACACACAAAGCAACAUACUGUAAGUCCUUCCCCCUUUAUACCAACAACAGAGACACUAAAUUGACACUAAUUUUACUAACUUGAUUACUUUAAACACCCUGAAAAUAAAGGGAAAUUUAGGAUGAUACUGCAACGUCACAGACUUGUUUCCAUAGUGAUCCUUAACUUUUAUCAAAGUCCCUUGAAAACUGUGAGGAGAGACCAUUUCAUUGUUACAAACUCACUCAGAAUAUGCAAUGAUUCACUUUACUUGGACCUGCUUUAGACCAUUUGAACGUGAAGUUAUGAAAAUAAGACAAACUGUCUGAAUGUUCACGCUGACAAAAUAUUAACAACUGUUGAGGAAAUGUUUAUAUUUCUAUAUGACAUACAGUAUAAUGCUGUGUCACAUUGAUCUUACUAGUCAGGUAUGUGAAACUGCUGCAUGACACUAAGACUACUAAUAUGUUUUAAAUUCCUCAUCUGCCACCAUUCCUGGGAAAAAAAUAAGAAAAACAAGAAAACAAAGACGAUGCAGACUGCCGCAUAACUGAAGCACAAAGUCAUCACGACAGCAUCAUAUGUCUGACAUUAGUCUUAAGUCAUCUUUAGCUCAAUCUUUUACUGCCUCGACAGCUGGAAAGUAUUGCCUUUAGGCCACUUCAGUUCCGUGAAUUGCACGUUACAUUUAAUGGGUUUCAUCUGCUGACCAGUAAUGAAAUUAAGUGGAAUUU